CUAACUCAGUUCCGGGGCAUUCUACUGUUUGUGCAGCCGGAAGUUGUGUAGCUAUAUUCAUCGUUUUGAAUUUCUGGUUCACCUGUCAGUUCUUUAGAGUUAGCUAGUGUUAGAAACUCGAUUUUUACUAGCUAUAUGUAUAUUUAUAAGUUGCGGGCUAGCUGUUAACGCAGUAGUGCGUGUGGAACAAUGUAAUGUGAAGUAAUGUCAACUGACGAUUUUGUUCGUUUACUAUGAGCUCUCUAUCAGCCCAGCCUUCUGCUUCAAGCUCGUCAUGCAGGACUCUACCUGGAGAGGGAAAUCAGGUACAACCAAAAGCUCCUCUCCUGCAGAUUCUGCGUGUUGCUGGAGCCCAGGAAGAAGUCUUUACGCUCAAAGAGGUGAUGCACUACUUGGGUCAGUAUAUCAUGGGGAAGCAACUGUACGAUAAACAGAGGCAGCAUAUAGUCCACUGCCAGGAUGACCCUUUGGGAGAGCUGCUGGAAGUGGAGAGCUUCUCUGUCAAAAACCCAAGCCCGGUGUAUGAAAUGCUCAAGAAGUACUUGGUUGUACUUGGUUGUGCGGACGCUGCAGAGAAUCUUUCUGUGGGCCGUGAAUGUGUAGAGGGCGGAGUGGAGGAUCAUGGUCAGAUGUGUGGAGGUGUGGUCAAAGCAGGACUGGAGGCCAGCAGUGAUGGGCCUCUCCUGCAGACCCCCUCCCAGAGACGACCUCGGGAGCCAGACGAUGACUCACUUGAAGGCCUGCCACGGUCAGCCUGCAAACGGCCCAAACUGGAUGUUACUCUGGAUGAGUGGGAUCUCUCCGGCCUGCCAUGGUGGUUUCUGGGUAAUCUCCGUAGUAACUAUAGCCGUAGGAGCAAUGGCUCCACCGACAUCCGCACAAACCAACUGUCUCUUGCACAGGAGGAGGACACGGCCAUCGUAUCGGACACCACUGAUGACCUCUGGUUCCUCACUGAGGGUGAGAGUGAACAGGUCAGUGUGGAAAUGAAAGAGGCUGCGCUGGAGGAAGGGAGUGGGGGAGAAGGGGAGAUCCCCCCUGACGAUGAUGAUGGAGGGACAGAGGAGAAGGCCGAUCGAGAGAUGCAGGAGGAGCCAGAUGAUGAUUCUCAGUGCCUUAGCGAUGACACUGAUACAGAGAUCUCCAUACAGGAUGCAUGGCAGUGUACAGAGUGCAGGAAGUAUAACACACCUGUGCGGAGGUACUGUGUUCGCUGCUGGGCUCUACGAAAGAACUGGUACAAAGAUGUCCCUCGACUUGCCCAUUCCCUUUCUGUUCCUGAUAUUGCAGCAUGCAGCUCUCUCACUACUCAUAAUGAAGAAGAUGACAGUGACACAGGCAUUGAUGUCCCAGAUUGCAGCAGGACAGUAUCUGACCCCGUCAUCCUGCCCUCCCACUCCACAGCUGACCGACCACUAGCCAUUGUGGUCAGGGGGAAAGACAAAGGGCCUCGGCCCUCAGGCUUCCAUAAGGAUGAACAGCUUUCAGGAGGGGAGAGUCAGGAAAAUCUAGGCAUGGAGGUUGAAGAAGUGAGGCCCGAGGCACUGCUGGAGCCUUGCAAGCUCUGUCGAGUGCGACCACGCAAUGGAAAUAUAAUACAUGGACGUACGGCUCACCUAAUAACCUGCUUCCCAUGCGCAAGGAAGCUACACAAGUUCCAGGCCCCUUGUCCUGGGUGUGGAAAGAUUAUUCAAAAAGUUAUCAAGAUAUUCAUCCUCUAAAAAAACCACACAUGCACACAGACACCUAUCAGGCUCUGGAGAACUAGACAAAAAUUUUCAGACACAUUCAGCUGUGCAGCUGCACACACUGCUUAUAGACACACACACACACACACAAUGUGCACUUUCCCUUAAAACAUACAGAUUUACAGACUGAUGGCACUUCUGAAUCUUGCUCGUUAUUUUACAUCACAUUGCCUCUGAAGUAUUUUUAAAUGAAACCUUGGACUUCAGAGUUUGUUACCCCAGAUAUUUGUUUUAGUGCCACAUGAAUAAAGGGCGUAGAAAGGCAUAAAUAUUUAUUUAUUUAUUGGACAACCUCAUAAGGGUGCACCGUUUGUGUGAGCUGUUUGGUUUCAUGAAGGCUUAUUUUUCAGGCUGUGUUAACUGUGUCAUUGGUUUUUGCAUUGCAUGUGUUGAAUGGUGCCAUUUAAAAGCUAGUUUUGCUUGACUUGGUUCUUCUGUUAGUUGUGUUUGAUUUUCUUUCACCAUAGAUUUACUUCAGUCAUCAUCGGGAAACAUGGAAUGAGCAGUGCAGGAAUUAAACAGCCUUUUGGUUUUUUUUGCUUGUUUUGUUGUUUUUCUUUUAGUUGGUCUUGGUCUUAUACUCGUAUAGCGCCUUUCUAUGCUUUUUACAGCACACUCAAAGCGCUUUCACACAUUAUUUGGCCAUUCACCCAUUCGC